GCGCGCGUGCCACUUCCACCAUUUAACCCCACUCUACAAUAGCACACAGCUCUUCCUGCCCUAUUCAGACUUCGGGAGGACUCCGAGGGACAUUUCUCUUCGGCGGUGAGCGAUUCAUGAACUGUAUACAGCAUCCACCACGGGAGACUAACACCACAUCUUUCAUGACGAUUUAAACGGGUGUCUUGUGAUUUUGACGCUCCUAUAUAGUACACAGAAACAUUCGUACGUUUGAUCGGUGAUAUAAGGUUUUUGAGUUUACGAAUGGUCAAAUGGAGCAUCCAUCAUCACGAGUUACGAUAACCUUGGGUCGCAGUGGUCAGGUGGUAAAGAAGGCAGCUUCUCCUUCAGAUUUUUCUUUUGCUGGUUCUCGGUCAGCAGUUGGGAGUAAACGGUCUGUCAGAGAUAGGCUAGGAGGUGUUGUGGGUUCAACUUCGCAACUCACUAAUAAACGUCAGCGUGGAGAUGGCAGCAGAUGGAGCAGUAGCACUUAUAGUGGUGUUGAUGACACAAGCCUUGAUAGAGAUGACCUUCGGUUCAAAAUCAUGCGGAAAAGUGUGCUGAACAACAGAAGGCAAAGUAAUGAAAAACAUAAAGGAGUUGACCUGCGUGAUGUGCUUUCAAGGUCCGCACAAUCUUCAAGUAGACCAACCAAUACACAGCCAUAUAUAACUGAGUCAAAGGAGACUAGGCGUCACUACACAGACCCUUGGAAUAGUAGACAGCAUAUGCUCGAGGGUAGGGAUGGUAGACAAUACAUACCUGACAGCGGCAGGGAGUCUCGAUCCCUAGUUUUAGAUCCCAGGGAUAACAGACAGCAUGUUUCAGAUCCGGAGGAUGUUAGAUAUCACAUGCCUCAGAGUCGGAGUUCUGACAUUAUGAGACAAAUUCCUUCUGCAAGAAAUGUGGAUGUUUUACCUUCGGUGGACUCGAGAAGGUCGUUUUCACCCUGGACCUUGGAACGCUUAAGGCGAAAAUCACCAGAAGGAAUUUUAAGCUCUAGAGGUGUUUCACCCCCAAUGAGGGGGGAUGAGUUACAGAGAAGACCUACAGUAAGGGCAUAUGAUGACCCUAGACUGGGCUCACACAUUAGCAAAGAUAUGUCUCAAUUUUCCCGCCCUAUGAGUUCUACAUAUUUGCCAAACACACCUGUACCUGCUAGAACAAUAAUGCCAUUGCAUGCACCAAUUCCUCAAUCUGGUAGUCUAGUUCAGAGAAGCACAUAUGUGGUCGAGGAUAUACCUACUGUGGAUGGAUUCUUGCAUUCAUUGGGUUUGGAUAAAUAUGCUAUAAAUUUUAAAGCUGAGGAGGUGGAUAUGCAUGCAUUGAGGCAGAUGGGUGACAAUGAUCUUAAGGAGUUGGGUAUACCUAUGGGACCAAGAAAGAAAAUCCUACUUGCCUUAUCUCGUGCUAAGCGCCAACCAUAAGAGUCCAGCUGCUGUUGAAAAGAAAUAUCAUAGGCUUGUUUGUCAUGCAGUUAUAUUGCUGAAAUGAGUCUUUCUCAAAAAUCAUGUCACUAGGUGGCAUUUUAGCUGUCUGUUGUGUCCGUUGGAUUAUUCAAUGUUUUGUGCCUGAUCAAGUUCUUUCAAAAGUUGUAGAAACUCAUCACAAAUCUUUGUACAUGCAAAAAGGCUUUGUCAACUUUUGCUCAUUUCAUGACAAAAAUGAAAAGCUUUGGUAAUACUUUUGUUGCAACUUGUGAGUUUUGGCCCUAAUGAGCACUUACUUUGUCAACAUAUUUUAUCCUAUAUGGGUCAAUUGGUUACUGCAUUUUCAAAUCCAAGAUGAAUGCAGUUAGAUACAGUGUACUAUAA